AUGACAGAGCAACAAAUAUACGUGAAAGCAAUAGAAUGUGAUCCUAACUAUCUCGAUUCAUAUAAUAGCCUUGCAGCUACACUUUCUCGUGGUGAAUCAAUUACACUUAAUAGUGGACAAGUACUUACAAAACAACAACUAUAUCUGGAAUCACUAAGAUUGAAUGAUAAACAAACAUUUAUUUACAGAAGGAUUGGAUUAACACUUUUGAACAACAAACAAACCAUUACACUUCCAGAUGGUCAACAAAUGUCAAGGAGACAACUACUUCAAAAAGAAGAAAACCGUGGUAGAGGUAAUAGAUUUAUAAAUAAACUAACUUACAGAAUGGAUGACCCUUCAAUUAUAUAA